ACUGACGCACCUCAAUUCAAGAGCCGCGAACAAAGCCGAAGGACAGUCCCGAUCUGGGAACUUCGGCCUAAAUUGGCUUGAGGAUAUCGCCGCCGGCGUUUGCUGUCAUUGACUGCCCAGCUAGCUAGCCAUAUGGGUUAGGUAGCUAGCUGCAUCACAAACGCGACGACAACAGAUGCCAACCUAGCAGUCAAACAUCUGCGACCAUGGACGCCUUCGCUUUCCUCAACGACGACGCGGCCGCCGGUUCGCACCAUGUCUGCUACUCGACCGAGGAUAUCCGCAAACAACUCGAUGACAUACUGUUACCCAAGACGAGCGAGACGAAAGCGGAACAUGUGGAUGCGAAAUUCAAAUUCCCCUCAACAGCCCAUUUCCUCGUCGUUGUCAAUGAGGCCGAGAACGCUGCCUUGGAGAGUGCGGCGUCGUUAGUCGGCGGGGCGCGCCCCUUCGCCGGUCACAACCAGACAGUCCUGGCUCUCGGAAACGGCCAGUACCAGCGCCAGAUAACUACCCAUGAUGCGUUCGUCAACCAACCCCAGGACGACCCAGUAUUGCAACGCGCCGUCGCAAAACAGAUUGCAGGGGCUUUAUCGUCGCCCGGGGAGGUCACUUCGUCUUGGAACGUCAGGACUAUCGCGCGCGCAUCAUCCGGGUGGACGUUUGAGUAUAUCUGCAAGGAUUCCCUACAGGUGUGGCAGCGACAGCAUGCCAAGGAAACGCUACCUGUGGUUGGACUCUCCAGCGGUAAGGAUGGGCAGAACGCUACUCUGAUGAGUCGGCCAGCGUUCAACUGUCGGGGUUCUCUGACAAUUCACUUCAAGAGAACCGACAUGGAGAUCGAGGUCAAAUACAGCCAUAUGCCUCUUCACAAAACGGUCGCGGAGCUUUAUGAGAUAUUCACGCCGCCCCCAGAGCCAACUCUGGCCCACCCUCAGAAACGUGCUGCCCCAACUACCGACGGCGAAGCAGCAACGCCCGCCAAAAAGAAGAAAAAGAAGAGCAAGGCGGGUACCAAAUCGACAAAUGGUCAAGGCGAGACCACAGAGGCAUCCAUCAUUGUGGUAGAAGGGCCACCAGAGGACAUUCCUGUAGGCGAUGGUGCUCCCGAGGCCAGUCAGGCUACGCCCUCAACCAAGAAGAAGCGAACUCCAAAGCCGAAAAAGUCUCAGGCUAUGGUCAACGAUGAGACAGCGGUAGCUGAGGCACAAGAUAGUGCGAACACGGAUACAUCCGCCGUCAACGUUCAUGUGCUCGAUCUUCCACCUGGUGAGGCGGACAGGAGGCGUGACCAUGCCAAUGGGUUACUCAUUACUAGCGGAAUAGAUCCUGCCACACUGUCCGAAGAGCAGUUCAACAUAUUUUCCAACCAGUCGCCUGAACUUCAGCAGGAAUCUCUGGCUAUGUUGGUCAAAUAUGGUGCCGAGAGACUGAGGAUCGUACACCCGAAUAAGGACGCACAAGCAAGUACUCCUACACCAUCGACACCGGCUACACCAGAUAGCUCGGCCGCCACAGCCUCCUCAGAUGCCGAAACUGCAAGCUCCACGACCAAGAAGAAGAAGAAGAAGUCGGCAAAGAAGUCUCUGGCUUGUGCUGAGUCUGGCGAAGACGCAACUCCAAGUGGGACGAAGAAGAAGAAGCUAACCCGUGGCAAAUGCGACCCUUGUCGAGACGCCAAGACUCUGUGCUCCAAAACCAAGCCCACUUGCGAGCAAUGUCGCAUGACCAACAUUGAGUGCCAUUAUCGCCAAGAAAUUCCCACGGGCCCCAGAGGCAACGCAAAGUCAGAGGAGCAUAUUGAGUCAAAACCUGAACCGGUCGUUGCACCAAUACCUCCGUCAGCUCCAGCACCGCCUCCGGCACUGGAGGAGGAAGAGCCAGAUGACCUGCCUUCUCCUGGUUUUGGACAGCAAACCACGGCCACGGACUGGGCCGAUACUCAGACUCAGACCCAGACACAGACCAAUGACGACAACGUAUCGAGCUACCAGCCCCAACCAGUUGAUGAGUCUAGAGAGCAUACCUUGACUGCACCGAGCUUAGAAUAUCCCCAGCACACCGGUUUUGCAAGCCAUGCAAGUCAUACAGCUCAGGUGCCCGAAGCGGUGAUGGAAGAACCGGUCCAGCCGUCAAGGCCAAGUCGAGAAGCUGCCUCUGCACAGCAGGCCGCCGGCAUCUCCCGGACGGGUCGCAGGAGCCUUCCCACAGGUCAGCGCACCCAACCCAAAGUAGUAGACCAUCCGGCCCCGGAUAGUACCCCAUGGGCGAAUUUCUCCAACACCGCUCCCGCUCCGCCUACGCAGCCGGUACAGGUACAGGCACAGGUACAGGUACAGGAUACGGCGAAUCAUGGGUACCAGGUGCACACUAGGAGCAGAUCCCGGACAUCCAUGAACACGGCAGAUUUUGGCUCACAGGGACCCAGUCAAGGCUUGCGAGAAGCUGCGGCUUUGUCUCAGGCCGCUAUGCAACAGACAAGUCGGGCUUCGCCACAAACCCAGCCAUUACAGCCGGCCAGGACUAGCUCAAGGCAAAGCCAGCGGCCAGUGGUGUCGCGAGAAUACCAGUCUGCGGCCAUCAGUAACUCUUCUGAUUACGGACCGCCGACCAUGUCUAAUUCUUACUCCUCUGUCGGUGCCUCCGUGGGUACCGCUGCGCAGGAUCCCCACGCUCAAUACUAUGGGAGUAGCAGCAGCAACGACAAUAAUACAUUCGCAUCAACAAGCACUGGUCAAGCUGGCGGCAGCACUGGCAAUGGGACCGGUCAAAGCUCAUAUACCAGCCAACCUGCCUCCAAUAACGCACCGGCUUACCCAUCAUACGACAAUUACAGCACUCACAAUGCCACCCCUCACAGGCCUACAACGCAAACAACGCAAACUUACCGCAAUCCCGUUACACGGCCCACCUCGACUGCAUAUAAGUCUUCAGCCAGCAAUAGCAACAACCAAUGGCCGUCUGCUACCGCGCCACAGGUCCACAACUCAAAGACUUACAACAACAAUUCGGCAACAGCCACAGCAAGCCGUACAGACCAGACAGCGCCCAUGUCACAGCCGAGUUCCAUACAUGGUUUCAGCGUGCGGCCCACCUCGCCACAUGCCACGAGAAGCUCGGUUCGUGCAUCGUACCAUCAGCAGCAGCAGCAGCAGCAGCAGCAGCAGCAGCAGCAGCGCCAGCAGAGUCCCUCGCAGCCACAGACACAACAGUCGCAGCAGCAACAGCAGCAGGGUUAUGCAUCGUAUGGGCGGCAGCCACAGUCGACCUCCAGCCAGCACCCGCAGCAGCAGCAAGGAUGGUAUGGAUACGCAGCGACAAACAGCAAUCCAGCCGGAUACAGAGGUGUCGUCGAUCCUCAACAAGCCGUGAACGGCGGCUACGACACUAGUCACGUCGGAGGCUCAACAUCACACGGCUCUCAGCACAGGUCGAUGAACAUGACGGGCAAUAACUAUGGAAACAUGGAUGCAAACGACACACUUUACAAUCUUAUGCAAAACAGCCACGGCCGCUGAUUGUCAUAUGUUUCACACGGAACAUUACGUUCUGUUUUUUUUUUUUUUUUUACUAUUGAAGUU